AUGGGCUUUUUAUACAUCUUCAACCUUAUCGUUGGCACGGGAGCAUUAGCGCUACCAAAAGCAUUUCAAACGGCCGGUUAUGCUCUCAGUGUACUAGUGCUUCUGAUUUCAAGUAUAGUAAGCUAUAUAGCGGCAACCUUCGUCAUUGAAGCGCUUUCUGUAGGCAAUGCUGUUCAUGUUCGAAAACGAAGGCAAGAAAUAGAGCCGACAAUAGAGUACGAUGGUCGGGUUUUAAUUUCAGAUGUGGUUGUCACUGAAAGUGGUCCCUCUUCCUUUGAAAUUAGCGAGAAGAUUGAAGUCAGUCAAAUGGCUUCGAUGUUUCUUGGCCGUGGUGGAGUUAUCUUCAGCUAUCUUGCAUUGGAUAUCUACCUCUUUGGUGAUCUCGCAAUCUACUCCACUACCGUUUCUAAAUCAAUGAUGAAUAUGAUUUGUGCAUCUAUAAACACUUCUACAGUUUUGUCGUCAGAUCCGUGUCAUGAUUCAUGGCAUUUAUUAUCUGAUCGCCUCACAGUCUAUCGUGUAUGCGUUCUUCUGUUCAUAUCGGUGUGCAUCCCUAUGAUUAUCAUCGGAAUCACUAAAACCAAGUAUUUGCAAUUGGCGACGACUUUGUCAAGGUGGUCAGCAUUUAUCCUCAUGAUUUUUCUUGCUUCGGCUCAGAUGGUGACCAGCGGACCAACGGGAAAUCCUCCAGUGGUUAACAUCCACGGCUUUGGUUCUCUCUUUGGCGUAGCCGUAUACGCUUUCAUGUGUCACCACAGUAUUCCGUCGCUAGUUACACCAAUGAGAUCAAAAUCCGGGGUCUAUGGAAAGCUUUUUUGCAUAUAUCUUCUAGUCCUUUCUUUCUAUUUCACUCUUUCUAUUACUGGUUCGUUUGCAUUUGCCCAUGUACAGGACGUCUACACCCUUAACUUUCUUCACGAUGAUCUUACUUCGGCCUUCUAUUUCAUUUGCGAUCAUUUUCUCGCAUUAUUUCCUGUUUUUACGUUAACAACCAAUUAUCCGAUUGUUGCAGUCACCCUCAUUAAUAAUAUUCGAGUGCUACGGGAUUUGUUAUUCCCUUCAGGAACCAUGCCGUCAGAAGAAGAAUCACUUCUAGAAGAUGAUGAAGAACGCGAUCCCCGGCGUAGAAAUGGUAAUGCUCUGAAGGCUUCAGACGUUUUUAUCCCGCUUUUUGUAAUUGGCAUUCCUACAGUUAUCAGUUUGGUGACUGACAACGUUUUGAUGCUAGCUACUGUCACAGGAUCUUAUCCUGAUAAGAAAACCAUUUCACUUGUCGGCACUGAGUUGCGUGACCUCUCGGCCGUCGAAAGCCUCCCUUUAGAUAUUAAUCUGAGAGCAUUUCAGUUUACGAAGUUGUUACAAAGAUUGAAACACCCCUAA